AACCGAACUGCAGAGCAUCGAAACGGUUCUGUUCAAGGGUGGAAGCUUUCACGCUGACAUCAAACGCCUAUAAGCAUAAACGAGGGCUCUCUCUCCGAUACUCGAGUCCCAGUUCUUCAACACCCUAAUUGACCAGACCACCCCAAACACCAGAAAGGAUUAUUUUUCACGAACACUUUGCAGUGAAUUUUCCACCGCCGUCUCAAUUGGUUUGGGUGUGCAAUUUCACCCGAGGAAAUAGUCGAGUCAGUCGAGCCGUCGGUCGCCAUGAGGAUUAAGUGCAAAUUUGCAGUUUUGUUUGAUUGGAAAAUGGAGCUGUGAAAGCGAAACGUGUGUUGUGUGUGAAAUUUCCUGGGGGACGGCGAUGCAGACAGACGGAAAUGGAUACAAAGCGUACAGUUUCACUGGGAGGGAAAUGAUUUCGAAGAAAUAGUGAAAGGAUAACCGAGACGCUAUCAUCAGCACUAGUGAAGAAAAAAAAAGUGUCGUCCAAAUUGAAAGUGACCAAAAAGUUGGAAACGGAAGUCCUUUACUGAAGCAAUUUGGGACAGUGCGGGCUGUAAAAGCAUAUCUUCUGUGAAUAAGUGGAAAGUGUUGAACGCUUUCGGCUGCCAAUUACGAUUACGAGGAGUUGUUUUUUCUUUACACGGCGCAACAAUGCAUUCUCGUCUGCUGAUGCUGUUUUGGCGCAGAAAACUACUGCUGCUCGCUUCGUCGCUGCUUUUUCUGGUGGCCCUCUGGUUCUGGGGGUUUCUCUAUACAACCCAUGUAAGCGAUGGCGGCAAGAUCGUUUCGGUGAAGGAACUGAUGAUGGGUGCCAGCGGAAGCGGCGGCGCGAAUGGACCACACCACGAAAGUCUUCUGCAACGGUUGGGUUUCUACGAUGACGAUUCUUUGGACGACGGACCAGAAGAUGGAGGGGCUGGUGGGGUGAAGUUCGUUAGACCGACGAGUCAUUCGGUGAAUAGGAUAAGAGGGAAACUCAUCGAUGGCUGGGAAAGUAUUCUGCAAGAUCGGGACGGGAAGCCGAGUAAUUCGAAACAAGAGCAAGUGAAGCGAAAGUCUGCCGAAGAGCUGCGAAUCGCUGUCGAAAAACAGAAUCACUACGAACACGAGCUUAAGAAGAUGGGUGUUCCGGUUAUCGCCGGACUCGGACCCGGGGGUCAUCCACCUCCCGUUCAGCGAUUGGUUCACCUGGAUCUCAAAGGAGCACCACCGAAAGUAUCCUACUUGAAAAGACUGAUGCCAAUCAUGAAGACCUUGGGAGCUACCGGAAUUCUACUGGAAUACGAAGACAUGUUCCCGUACAGCGGUGUUCUUUCUUCGAUAUCCGCAAAAAAUGCUUACAGUAAAGACGACAUCUUGGAGAUUUUGAAAACUGCUUUCAGUUUGGGACUCAAUGUCAUUCCAUUGGUACAAACUUUUGGCCAUUUGGAGUUCGUGCUAAAAUUACAAGAAUUCCAACAUCUCCGAGAGGUAGAAGAUGCCCCUCAGGCAAUAUGUCCCAGUCAGAAUGCUUCAACGGUAUUCUUGGAGGAGAUGCUUGAUCAAGUGAUUGAGUUUCAUACUCCUUCACAAAAUGUCAAUCUUCUGCACAAAGACGAUAUAGAAAAGCUCACCCCUAAAUUGACACAUAUCCACAUUGGUUGUGACGAGGUGUACCAGAUAGCGCAAUGCAAUCGAUGCAGGAAUCGCCAGAAGGAUCUUCUAUUCCUGGAUCACAUCUACAAUGUAGCCACGAUGAUCCGCAAGAAAUGGCCGCACCUGAAAAUCAUCAUAUGGGACGACAUGUUGCGGCACAUGUCCCUUGAUACUCUGCAAACAUCCGGGAUCGGAAAACUCGUGGAGCCGAUGAUCUGGGUCUACGCUGAAGACAUCUACAAGUUCAUCCAGUCGUCCACCUGGGACAAGUAUGCCAACGUCUUCAACACAGCUUGGGCUGCAUCAGCCUUCAAGGGAGCUCAUGGAGAAGCUCUACUACUUCCACCGAUUCGCCGGCAUCUGGAAAACACACUCCGCUGGCUGGCGGUGAUGCAAGGAGAAGGAACACGGUUCAGUCAUGGUAUCCAAGGCCUUGCUUUGACCGGAUGGCAGCGGUACGAUCAUUUUGCGAUACUCUGUGAGCUACUUCCAAGCGCUCUUCCAUCCCUAGCAGUUUGCCUAUCAACGGCCUCGCGUGGGUACUUCGAUGUUAACCCAAAAACGAAUCCCGUACUGAGUAGCCUUACCUGUCCGGAACCCACGAGUGAUCGACACGCAUGGGUUGAACUGCACAAAGAUUCGAUGCUGUCUACGUUUUCGAGGUGUAUGUUCCCGGGCAGUGUGAUCUAUCGAUUUAUGCUCAGACUAAUGACGCUCAUGACCGAAGCCAAAGAAUACAUCGACGAGGUGAAGAACAAACGCGGUUGGUUGACGGAAUACAACAUAAGGCACAACUUUUCUGCGGGGACCCGUGUGGAUGAUCUUCUCGGGGAAGACUACCAUCUACUGAAUUCGAUAACCAAUCUAGCGAGGAACGCUGCCUCGACGUUGGCCGAUGUUUAUGAUCACUGGACAUCCGGUGAGUUCAUCGAGCAGCGCAUCUUUCCGAUACUAUCCGAGUUGAAGAACCUGGAACGUAUCGGGGAGUCGCUGAAGAAGCGGAAAACGUGGCCCCAGCGUCCACUGCCAUACCUGAAGCCAUUCGAUGCACUGGGAAUUGACGAAAAAACCUAGCUACAGGAGUACGUCAAGAUUCCGCUGAGGCAUUAGUGCCGUCCGGUGGGAAUUAUGACAGCCAAAUAAAUGUGAUGAUGACGAUCACUUUCUGAUGAUUUAGCGUGUGAUUUAGUGAAGCAAAAGGUGUUCUACAUAUUUGUAGUUUAAAGUAAUGGUUCAACUAGGAACGUUUAGAAACAAACAAUGCGGUUGUAGAAAAAUAAGUAGAAAUCGAGGGAAUAAAAUGGUCUUUUCGGCGUUAUUGCACUUGGGAGAUUUCAGCGUAGAUAAA